GCGUGUCUGUGACAAAAUUGGGAUGAAAAUUGUGGACAGCAACGAAAAAUUGGAGCUUCAGAUUGCCCCUUGAAAAUAAAUGGGAGAUGGGCAAUCGGUGGUGAUGGGUGCAAUAGGGAGCACCAGCAGGGAAAGGGAUAGAGAGCUUCUCGUACCAGUGCCUCACUCCGCCGCUGAACACGGGCAUGACGCCGACUUCAAGCCGUCGUCGUCCGCCCUGCCUUCACAUCAUCAUCACUCCGGUCGAGACACUUUUUACAAAGUUAUCAGGAGCUGGGCGUCAAAAAAAUUCAUGACUGGAUGUGUUAUCCUAUUUCCUAUAGCAGUCACUUUCUAUAUUACAUGGUGGUUUAUUCAUUUUGUGGAUGGGUUUUUCUCCCCGAUCUAUGCUCAUCUUGGCAUCAAUGUAUUUGGUUUGGGAUUCACCACUUCAAUCUCUUUUAUUUUCCUUGUUGGAGUAUUUACAUCUUCAUGGUUGGGGGCAUCUGUUUUGAGUCUUGGGGAGUGGUUUAUCAAAAGAAUGCCAUUUGUUCGUCAUAUCUAUAAUGCCUCGAAACAGAUUAGUUCUGCUAUUUCUCCAGAUCAGAACACACAGGCUUUCAAGGAAGUGGCCAUUAUAAGGCAUCCACGAAUUGGUGAAUAUGCUUUCGGCUUCAUUACCUCAUCUGUUGUCCUUCAGAACUAUGCAGGAGAUGAAGAGCUAUACUGUGUGUAUGUUCCUACAAACCAUCUCUAUAUUGGCGAUGUAUUUCUAAUCAACGCAAAAGACGUUAUCAAACCAAAUUUGUCUGUUCGUGAAGGAAUUGAGAUAGUUGUAUCUGGUGGCAUGUCCAUGCCUCAAGUUCUAUCAACUUCGGAUUCAAGAAUGGUUGAAGUCUUUAGGAGCAGACUACCUGACAGAAAGUGAAUAGGCAGAUCUUUUUCACGUUUCAGAAUUACAUCAGCACUAAUACCUUGUCACAGUCAAGUACGUCCCGAUUUGGAUAGUGUACAAUUUGGGAGGAAAUGGCUGUGUGGGAAUGUAGUUGAUUAACACAUGAGUAGUUGUACACUCGGUCUUAAUUUUAUAAGCUACAAUUAUUGCAUAUCUGGCUUAUUUUGGAAUACCUAAGCUCUUGUUGAUACAAACUACACAAUGCUGGAUCAGGUAUAUUUGUUAGUUCUUACAUCUAACAUCUUUGAAGUAAAAUCUCCUUAUAUUGGUGUUCCUUUUAAUGGUGUUGUAAGGAGGUUAUUAGGCAUCCACAUUUGAAGUGUUAAAGUUGCUGUCCC